AUGCUCAUUGGAGUGGAUAAUUUGAGUCUGGUUGUUCCUUUGAAAGCCCGUGAAGGAGUCUCCGGAGGACCUAUCGCUGUACGUACGCGCCUCGGUUGGUGCGUGUAUGGAGGGAAAGCUGACAAAAAGACGAUGACCGGUAAUUAUCAUAUCUGCGACUGUGGAAGCGACACACGGAUGGAUGAUGCUCUGAAAGGUUAUUUUGAAAGCGAAGAAGUAGGAACGAAAACGAUCAAACUAGAGCCUAGCAGUAUGGACCAACGUGCAAUGCAGCUACUGAAAGAUGCAACAGUAUUUGUGGGAGAUCGAUACGAAUCUGCGCUGUUGUGGAAGUACGACCAUAUCGAGCUUCCAGAUAGCUACCCUAUGGCCGUAAGUCGGCUGCGAUGUCUAGAGAGAAAAAUGGAAAAGGACCCUGCAUUGAAAGCAAAUGUCACUCGCCAAAUAUUGGAGUAUCAACAGAAGGGAUUUUGUCACCGGGCAACUCGUGCUGAACUGGAAGUUGCUGAUCCAAGACGAACCUGGUAUCUUCCGUUGGGAGCUGUAACCAACCCCAAAAAACCCGGGAAGGUGCGCCUUAUCUGGGACGCUGCCGCCGAAGUUAACAAGGUGUCCCUUAAUUCUGUUUUGCUAAAGGGCCCAGACCAAUUGACGCCACUCCCCUCAGUACUCUUUCGUUUCCGUCAAUUUCCCAUUGCUGUGUGUGCGGAUAUACGGGAAAUGUAUCACCAAAUACGUAUCCGAGAGGUGGAUCGGAACUCGCAAAGGUUCUUGUGGCGUGACCAUCCCGGUCAGGACCCCGAAAUCUUCUUAAUGGAUGUCGCCACCUUUGGCGCGAGCUGUUCACCAGCAUCGGCACAAUUCGUUAAAAACACGAAUGCCCUACGGUUCAAACAACAAUACCCAGAAGCAGUUAAGGAGAUAAUUGAUGGUCACUACGUUGACGAUUGUGCUACUAGUUUUCGAUGUAUAGAAGAAGCAAAAAUCACUUCUUGGCAAAUCAAGUACAUACACAAAUGUGGGGGUUUUGAUCUUCGGAAUUUCUGCUCUAACAGCCGUGAGGUUCUCCAUUAUUUGGGAGAAAAGGAGGCAGGAACUGUAAAAAAUCUGAUACCAGAAAAUGAUGAUGCACCCGAACGUGUCUUAGGAUUGCUCUGGGAUACUAUGCAGGAUAAACUUCGUUUUCCCACUACUAUGCGUAAGGACAUCGCAAAUCUCAUUGAACAGGGUCUGAAACCAACCAAACGCGAAGUUCUAAGAUGUGUCAUGUCCCUGUUCGACCCUCUUGGAUUACUGGCUCCAUACCUUAUCUUCGGAAAAAUACUGAUGCAGGAAAUCUGGCGUAAAGGUCUUGGCUGGGAUGAACAGAUUGACGACGACUCCUUUGAGCUAUGGUGUAAGUGGACGAAAAUCUUAGAAAAUAUCAACGACAUCGGAGUUCCUCGGUGCUAUUUUUCAAUGGCUGUCCAAGAAGUCGAAAUCCACACAUUCACGGAUGCGAGUGAAGCUGCAUACUCCUGUGCAACAUACUUCCGGUUUGUAAAAUCCACAGGUACAACUGAAGUUACCCUUGUCGGCGCGAAAACAAAGGUAGCUCCGCUAAAACCAUGGUCAAUUCCUCGACUCGAAUUACAAGGAUGCGUCUUAGGAGCUCGAUUCACCCGAUUUAUCGAAGAAGGUCAUUCUUUGAAAACCAUCAGAAGAAUAAUGUGGUCAGAUUCUACUACAGCACUAAGUUGGAUCAAUGCUGAUCCACGAAAAUUUCAUCGGUUUGUAGCGUUCAGAGUAGCAGAAAUAUUGGAACUGUCACACAAAACUGAAUGGAGAUGGGUUCCGACAAAACAAAACCCGGCGGACGAAGCCACUAAGUGGGGUACGGGACCGUCAGUCAAUAGCAAUAGUAUUUGGUUCACCGGACCGAAGUUUCUUUUGGAGACCGAAGACAAAUGGCCAGUGAGGAAGUCGACCAGCACCACGGACGAAGAGCUACGAGCGUGUCACGUACAAUACGAAAUUUUGCUGCCAGAAUCACAAUUAGAAAUCGGACGGUUUUCGAAGUGGAAUCGGCUCCUCCGGACGACGGCGUACACUCAUCGAUUCAUUUCUGUAAUGUGCCCCUCGGUAGGAAGUCACUCGAGUGGAGGGCUGUCUUCAAGAGAGCUAAAACAGGCUGAAACGACUCUAUUUAAACAAGCUCAGUGGGAAGACUACCCAGAUGAAAUGGUUUUUUUUAGGAAAAAACGGCACUCUCCCAAAGAUCACAAAUACCUUAACAAAUCCAGCAAGCUAUACCAACUAACGCCGACACUUGAUGAACAAGGAGUUCUUCGCCUCGAUGGGAGGAUUGGACGCACACCGCGGGUAGCAUUAGAUUUGAAAUAUCCUAUUAUCCUUUCUAAAACACAUCGUAUUACUUAUCUCCUUGUCGACCAUUACCAUCGGAAAUAUCACCAUGGGAACAACGAAACUGUUGUGAAUGAAAUAAGACAGCGAUUCCAUAUUUCUUCCCUGCGAUCACUCGUUAAAGAGGUCUCAAAAAAAUGCCAAUACUGUAAAGUAUACAGAGCACACCCGACAGUUCCUAGAAUGGCAUCGCUGCCUCUGGCCAGAUUAUCUCCAAGAAUCCGUCCAUUCACCUAUGUUGGGGUGGAUUAUUUUGGUCCCCUGACAGUUAAAGUUGGUAGGGCGAAGGCCAAAAGGUGGGUGUCCCUCUUCACCUGUCUUACGGUACGUGCAGUACACCUUGAAGUGGUCCAUAGUUUAACAACCGAAGCAUGUGUUAUGGGCAUACGUCGCUUCAUCAGUCGUCGAGGUGCUCCCAUCGAAUUCUAUAGCGAUAAUGGGACUAACUUUCAGGGAACGGAUCGAGUGCUACGUGAGCAGAUAAAUUUAGGACUCGAAGCUACGGUGACUAACACAAAUACCAGCUGGUUCUUCACGCCCCCCUCUGCCCCUCAUAUGGGGGGCGCAUGGGAACGGAUGGUGCGCUCGAUUAAAUCAGCAAUGUUGGAAGCAUACAGUGAAAAUUUGGAUGAUGAACGCUUAAUAACACUGCUGGUCGAAGCCGAAUCAAUCGUUAACAGUCGGCCAUUAACCUACCUACCACUGAACUCGGCCGAAUUGGAAGCCUUAACUCCCAAUCAUCUGCUACUAGGAAGCUCCAGCGGAGUCCAUCAACCGGAAGUGAAGGGAAUCUGCGACACCAAACUACUCAGUCAUUCGUGGGAUUUACUUCAAAAUCAACUAAACUCGUUCUGGAGAAGAUGGACGCGAGAAUACUUACCUACGCUAACAAAACGGACUAAGUGGUUCGAGGAUACAAGAAACAUCGAAGUGGGAGAUCUGGUGAUUCUCAUUGAAGACUCACGUCGGAACGGAUGGACCCGUGGUCGGAUUCUCGAAGUGAUAUCUGCUGCUGAUGGACGAGUUCGACAAGCGAUUGUACAAUUAUCGACCGGAGGGAUUUGCCGACGCCCUGCAUCCAAACUGGCUGUGUUAGAAGUUCAAGGCGGAAGUGGAACCGAUUCCGGAUUCCACCGGGGGGAGGAUGUUGCUGCAAGGGUGCUGACGGACAGCACUGCAGCCCCUACUGUAACAAUCAUUAAUGACGACUCCGGAGAUGACAGCGGGGCCAUACCGGAACGAGCGGGAAAGGACACAAAUAUGUGA